AUGAUGACAUCCGUCCUACGGACCCUUCUCUCAUCACCUGCCCGCCGCUCUUAUUCGUCGCAGGCGGGGCUGAACGUCGCGGCGCUCGACCGGUGGAUCAACACGGAGAAGUCACUCACCAUCUCUGACACGCUGCGCACAGAGCACCUGUCCAAUCUCUACAUUACCCUACCAACGCGCGAUGGCACUGCCCGUCCGCCCGACAUGCCGGUAGAAGGUGCGCCGCUAGGGUAUGGUCACCAUCUGGUCUUCUUCCAUCCGCGAAACCCCGAGCGCUCUUUGCGCGCUGACGGGUCAGAUGCCGACUUCUGCCCGCCAGAGCCUUGGACACGGCGGAUGUGGGCGGGGGGCAGAAUGGAAUGGAAGCGUCCGCUCCGUAUCGGCGAGAAAGCCAAUGCCGUCUCAACAAUUUCACAGAUCGACAAGAAAGGGUUUGAGAAGGACUCACCCUUAGUAUUCGUGAGACAGAAGAUCGAGUAUAAGCGCGAAGGGAGCGAAGACAUCUGUGUUGAAGAGGAGCGGUCGCACGUGUACCUUGUGGCCCCGGGGAACAAACGGAGGGUUCGUGAAGUGAAGGAUCUUCCACGCCCGGACUUUGCGUUCGAAUUCACGCCCAGUCCAACUACCUUGUUCCGCUUCUCCGCCUUGACGUUCAACGGCCACUAUAUUCACUUGGAUAAAGAGUACGCACAGAAAUCGGAAGGUUAUCGCGAGAGAUUGGUGCAUGGACCAUUGACUGCCUUGAUGUUACUUGAGUCCGCUGCCUUCCAUAACCAGGAUGCGGCCUUCAAACUGUUCGACUACAGAGCUGUGAAUCCAAUCCCGGUCAACCGCGCCAUACGGCUUUGCGGCGCACGGCAAACUGACACAAUCCAGGUCUGGGCAGAGGAUGCGGAAACUAAAGUGCGCCGACGCGAGCCACUUUCAGCCGUGUUCCUCUUCUCCUCUUACCACAACCUCCUCCUCCUCUCAGCCUUCUCACCCCCACAGACAACAGCAGCAAUGGCCCCCAAGCCCGUCUCUACCGCCUCCAAGGCUCCCGUCUCUACCGCUUCUAAGGCCCCCGCCAAAAGCGAGACAGCCAAGUCCGCUCGCAAGACGGCGAGCAAGUCUAAGUCCAGAGGCGAGGACGGCGGCGAAAAGAAGAAGCGCCGCAAGGCCCGCAAGGAGACCUACAGCACGUAUAUCUACAAGGUCCUCAAACAAGUGCACCCGGAUACGGGUAUCUCGAACAAAGGCAUGGCCAUCUUGAACUCGUUCGUCAACGAUAUCUUCGAGCGCAUCGCCACUGAGGCGGCAAAGCUCGCGACGUACUCUAAGAAGUCGACUAUCUCGUCAAGGGAGAUCCAAACGAGCGUGCGUCUCGUCCUUCCCGGCGAGUUGGCCAAGCACGCCAUCUCGGAGGGCACCAAGUCUGUCACGAAGUUCUCGUCCUCGCAGUAG